GGACUACCGUGCCUCCGCAGAAGCGGAGAGCACAAGCAUGCGUACGGCUGCGGUUUUGGGUUGGCUCCUACGGCUGUCUUGGGCGGCUCGGCAGGGCAGCGUUUCCGGCAGGAGAAAGGCAGCCACGCGGCUUGUGCAAGCCCGGCCGCUGAGCUGCCGCACCUAUUCAGGCGGAUUCAUGGCUGGGGAUCAGUAUGACACGGAGCAAAGGGGGCGCCUGCAUUCGGCCGAGUUUCGCCUCUACUUUAAGAACUCAAAGGGAAAAUACAUUUCCCCAUUCCAUGACAUCCCUCUGUUUGCUGAGCCAAAUGAGGAUGAGGAGGUUCUUGCAAAACGAUCAAAGAACAAUGGAAAUGAGAUUGUAUUUAAUAUGAUUGUAGAAGUGCCUCGUUGGACAAAUGCUAAAAUGGAGAUUGCCACCAAGGAGCCACUGAAUCCUAUUAAGCAAGAUAUAAAGAAAGGCAAGCUGCGAUACAUAGCAAACAUUUUCCCCCAUAAAGGCUACAUUUGGAACUAUGGAGCCCUCCCACAGGUAAUGUUUUGGGAUUUAAUGGGAAAAGAAAACUUUGGGUAUAAACGGGAUUUAGUCCAAAAUAUUGAUGAUGUCAGGAAGUUUUUCCCAGGUUACCUGGAAGCUACUGUUGACUGGUGCAGACUAUAUAAAGUUCCAGAUGGGAAGCCAGAAAAUAAGUUUGCUUUUAAUGACACAUUUAAAGACAAGGCAUUUGCUUUGGAAAUAAUCAAGUCCACCCAUGAAUCCUGGAAAGCUUUGGUUCACAAAAAGGCUGAUGGAGGAGCCAUAAAAUGCACCAACCUUCUGGUGGGCACUAGCCCUUAUUGCUGCAACGAAGAAGACAUCCAAUCUAUUGUGCAAAAUGCUCCAGCACUUGUGGAAGAGCCUUCUAUUUCCAGAGAAGUUGAUAGAUGGCAUUUUCUUGGAUAGUGAAGACUACUGUUCUCUGACAUCAUGUUACAAGAUUCUCUCUCAACUUCGUCUCUCUUUCCUGGGUCUCCACCCCAUCUUACAAUAUACCAUUUGGCACAUGUGCACACACACUUUGCUGAAGAUAUGGAAAUGAAGCCACUGAUGACUGGAAUCUAUUGCACUGUAGAUUUUUCUGUUCUGUAAAUAAAAUGGAUUUUUACAA